AUGUCGGAUAAACCAUCGACCUCAAGUCAUUCAAGUAGAAGAUCUGUGAAAAAUUUGAAUAACAUUGAUUUGAUCGGCAACACUGCACAUCAGAUCACGGGCGCCAAACUUCCGUGCAUCAAACAAGUGUUACAAGUGAUGUUCCAUAAUAUGCGAUUUGUUGGACUUACUGCAAAAGACAGUGCAAAAUUGACCAUAAGUGCAGCUGUAAUAUUUUGGCAACAAGCUCGCAUUCCAAUUAUUAAUGAUGAUAAGUGUGUGAAAAAGCUGAUGAAAGUUUACGACCAAUGGAAAAACAUACAAAGAACUGUCCCAGAUAAAAGGUCAAAUGCACAAAAGCAAGUUGCCGAACAAUUUACUCAAAAUCUUGAUGAUUUGUUUGAUAUUGCCAUCGGUGAUGCGUUGGAAAAAAUUCGAAUUGAAGAGGACAGAGAAUUUUUAAAAUUGCAAAGACAAAAAGGUCGUCCAGGCUGCAUGGUUGGUGUCGAUAUGAAGUUAUAUGGGCGAGAAAAACGUACGCAAGAACGACAAGAAAAAGAAGAAGCGCGUAAAAGAAAACGCGAGGAAGAGAUGGCUAGACCUUCAGAUGUCGUGAAUUGUGAUGAUGAAGAUGCUGAAAUGCCAUUUUGUGAAACGAUUGAUGAAGAAAAUGAACCGAUUGACGAUGACUGGGAACCAGAGAAAGUAGCUGGUAACGCAACAUCCGCCAAAAAAAGAGGCCGAAAAGAAUUCAUCACAGCAAGAUUGGCUGCUGCACUUGAUAAUGCUAAAGUUUCGGAUGGUAUGGCCGUGCAUAUCCUCAUUGCAGCUGCUGAAGCAUUUGGAAUACGGGCUGAAGAGUUAGCUAUCAACCGAUUGGAAGAUACAAAAGAUGUGAUGGCUCGGUUUCCCGACAACAUAAAUACCGUUGGAUCAUUAGUUGUUCAUUGGGAUGGCAAACUACUACAAGAUUUGAUUGGUAGACUCAAAGUUGAGCGCAUAGCAGUUCUUGUGAGCUACAAUGGGACAUCCAAGUUCCUCGGAGCACCGAAAAUUGAAUCGUCAAGUGGAGAACACAUUGCUGCUGCGGUUCACGAGACAUUAGUUAAAUGGAACAUUGCGGAGUACGUGCAAGGCAAAUGUUUUGACACAACUUCAAGUAAUACCGGCACAGAAAAAGGAGCUAGUGUACUCUUGGAAAAGAAACUAAAGCGUCAGUUGUUAAAUUUAUCGUGUCGACAUCAUGUUUACGAGAUUCUUCUGUCGAGCGUUUUUGAGGUCAAAUUAUCACCUAGCUCGGCACCAGAAGUUCUAAUUUUUGAAAGAUUUGCCAAGUCUUGGACAAGUUACGAUUUGGAUUCGUUUUGCAGUGGUCUCAACGAAAAAAUGGUUCUUUUGCAAAUUGAUCAAGUUGAACAAGAGAACAUCAAAAAAUUUUGUUUUGAUCAGUUGACAAAGAAUCAAAUUCGAGACGAUUAUAAAGAGUUUCUCGAAUUGGUUCUUACAUUUCUUGGAGCAGGACCGUUCAACUUCCGUACACCAGGACCAACGAGUAACGCUCGAUGGAUGGCAAAAGCUAUUUAUUGCUUGAAGAUUUUCUUAUUUCGACAACAAUUUCAGCUUACAAAAAGAGAAGCGAAUGGUUUGCGCGAUAUUUGCAUUUUUCUCAUCAAACUUUAUAUCAAGCCAUGGUUCAGAUGUACGAAUGCUAUAGCUGCUCCUCUCCAAGAUUUGAACUUCGUUAAGGCUGCUGUUCAAUACGAUCAAACUGAUUCUGCAAUCUCAAAGGCAGUUACAAAAAAAUUGACUCAUCAUUUAUGGUAUUUGUCGGAAGAAUUGGUAGCCCUAGCCUUCUUCGAUUCAGAUGUGUCUCACGAAGAGAAACGCCAAAUGGUUGAAAAAUUACAAUCCAAAGAGCCAGUUCGAGAGGCAAAAAGUACUGCUUCAAGUAAAGCAGCGGCUUCGGCUGUAAAUACCGAGCAGUAUGAGGGCAAGGAGUAUACAGCAAUGGUGGCACCAAACUUAUUUGUCACGGCAAACGUAGUACUGGUGCCGGAUUUUGAUCCGUCCGUAUAUAUUAUGUCGUAG